AACUAGAAGCCCUCCAUUAUCCACUUCUCUAAACCAAACACGUCCUUACAAAUACCAAACCCAAACCUCCAACACAUCACAGAUUCAAAAGCAAGAACCCCGAAAUGACAACUUCAACUCUUGUAUUAUUAUUAGUUUCAACGUUCCUGGCUGCAUUUCUUCAUCCUUCUUCUUCAUCGGCAGUUUCUGAUUCUAACCUUCAGGCAUUCAUUCAGUGCCUCGACAGCCAUUCCGACCCUUCUUUUCCGGCCUCGCCAGCCGUCUACACUCCCAACAACUCUUCCUAUUCUUCUGUUCUUCAGGCUUACAUUCGAAACCUCAGGUUCAACGAAUCUUUCACCCCCAAACCAGUGCUCAUUCUCACUGCAUUGCACGAGUCCCACAUCCAGGCCUCCAUUAUUUGCGGCAAAGCUCAUGGCCUCCAGAUGAAGAUCCGAAGUGGCGGCCAUGAUUACGAAGGAAUCUCGUAUUGGUCUGAGGUUUCCUUCUUUAUUCUCGACCUGUUUAACUUUAGAUCCAUCAAUGUCAGUUUGGAAGACGAGACCGCUUGGGUUCAAGUUGGCGCAACUCUUGGCGAAGUCUACUACCGAAUCGCCGAGAAAAGCAAAACCCAUGGCUUCCCCGCCGGAGUUUGCCCGACUGUUGGCGUUGGCGGCCACAUUAGCGGCGGUGGAUAUGGUAACAUGAUGAGGAAAUACGGUCUCACGGUUGAUAACGUUGUCGACGCACAAAUAAUCGACGUCAAUGGCAGGCUUCUGGACCAAGAGGCCAUGGGUGAGGACUUGUUCUGGGCCAUCACCGGCGGCGGAGGAUCCAGCUACGGAGUCGUUCUCGCCUACAAAAUCAAACUGGUGGCUGUCCCCGAAACAGUGACUGUCUUCCGAGUCGAACGAACCCUAGACCAAAACGCCACCGACCUCGUUUACUGCUGGACGGAAGUGGCCGACAAGUUGGACCAAGAUCUCUUCAUCAGACUGAUAAUAGACGUCGUCAACAGCAGCACGACCGGCGAAAAGACGAUCCGAGGGUCGUUCUUCACCUUGUUCCUGGGAGAUUCCGAGAGGCUCCUCUCCGUAAUGAACCAGAGCUUCCCCGAACUGGGUUUGAAAAAAUCAGAUUGCACCGAAAUGAGCUGGGUUGAAUCGGUUCUCUACUAUACCAGCUUCCCCACCGGAACGCCGGUGAACGUUCUACUGAGCAGAACUCCCCAAGUUCUGACCCAUCUGAAGAGGAAAUCGGACUACUUGACCAAACCAAUUCCAAAAGAAGGUCUGGAAUUCAUAUGGAAGAAGAUGAUCGAGCUGGAACGACCGGUGCUGACGUUCAACCCCUACGGCGGGAAGAUGGCGGAGAUCUCGGCGUCGGCGAAGCCGUUUCCCCACCGAGCCGGAAACAUCUGCAAAAUCCAGUACGCCGCGAACUGGGACGAAGAUGGCAAAGAGGAGGCAAACUACUACGUGAAUCUGACGAGGAAGCUACACGAAUAUAUGACUCCAUUUGUGUCCAAGUUUCCGAGACAAGCUUUCUGGAAUUACAGAGAUCUUGACUUGGGGAUCAACCACAACGGCCGGAAAAGCUUCGCCGAAGCGGCUGGUUAUGGGAUUAAGUAUUUCAUGGGGAAUUACAUGAGGUUGGUGCAGAUAAAGACGAAUGUGGAUCCUGAUAAUUUCUUCAGAAACGAGCAGAGUAUUCCAGUCGCUCCACAUGCAAGGAAAUAAUUAAGAUGAAGGCUUUAUAGCAUUAUUAUAGAACAAGCUUCUUCGAUUUGUGUACCACACCUAUAUAUAUAUAUUGUUUCCUCUCGAUCGAUACUGUACGAAGAUAGAAAAUAUAUUGUAUUUUUAGUUUACAGGGAUUGUAAAAUUAGUAAAGAAUAAAUGGAAGAAAAUAAAAGCAUUGUUCUACU